AUGCCCUUCACUUCUUCAACUCGGCCUCCAACCACAACCACUACUCCUACACACCCUUCUACUAUGCUGCCAUCACCGACCUCUUGCUCUCCUACUCCUUCUCUGUCACUCCAACUGACUCUCCGACAACCUCGUCAGCAUGUUCAUCAAUGCUCUCGGCCACCGUGGCGAUGUCAGAGGCGCCAUUCAUUGGUUCCACAAAGCCAAUACCUUCACAAAGGAUGCUGUGUGUAUUCCUGCAAUGCCAUAUUGGGUGUCCUCGUGAGGGCCAACUAUGUCAACAUUGCCAAGGCCAUCUAUGAUCAAGUUCUCGCAGAAGCUAUAUUGGAACUUGAUGUUUACACUUAUACUACCAUGAUUUGUGGGUUAUGCAAAGUGGGCAUGGUCGAAAGUGCACGCAAGGUGUUUGAGGAAAUUCCCUGCAAACCUAACAUGGUUACUUACAACACGUUGAUCCAUGGGUUUUGUAAGAAAGGUCAUAUGGAGGGUGCCACGAGGCUUUUUGACAGAUUGGUUGAGAAUAAGAGUUGCAAGCCGGAUGUGGAGUGUUUUACCACUUUGAUUGAAGGGUAUUCGAAGAGAAGUGAUUUCCGAGAUGCGCUUGAGUGCUUGAAGGAGAUGAUGGAAGGUGUUCCCUGA